CUUAGUAAUGUUUCAAUCGAAAAACACAUAAAUCAGGAAAAAAAAUAGUAUUUAAAAAUUAUCAGUGUACAUAAUUAAAAAAAUUAUUAUUAAAUUCUAAAGUAUAAAGUAUAUACCCGCGAUGGAAAUUGGUGUUACCCUAAACAACGAACUUGAGGAAAAGAUUUCGGAAGCAUUUUGCAUUUUUGAUACGCAUGGCGAUAAGUAUAUUGAUUCCCGAAAUGUCGGCAACGUCCUCCGAUUUUUAGGUUGCGUGCCCACCGAAAAAGAAGUCGAAGAUGUCAUAAAGGCCACCGAUUCAGUUGACUAUCCAGGGGAAAUCCAUUUGGUCAGGUUUAUGGAACAUGUUUCCAAACUUCUGAUGGAUCGACAGAUGGAACCGGCAUCGUCGGAAAAGCUUCUCCAGGCCUUUGAGUUGCUUGAUCCAGAAAACAAGAAGUAUCUGACGAAGGAGUAUUUCGGCAAAUUAAUGGCGGAGGACGGAGAACCCUUCAGCGCUGAAGAACUGGAUGCUAUGUGGCCUGUGGCCAUUGAUCCCAUUACUGGAUACAUCCCCUACACCUUCUACAUAAAUCAACUCAAGCACAAACCCAAGAUCUAUGACAUUGCGGAGGUUAUUAAAGAGGAAUUGGCACAAGCCGAAAAAGAAAAGGGCAAGAAACCACAACAAACAAUGUUAAUGGACCUAAAAUAAUUCAAUUGCAAAUAACGUUUAAAAUAAA